AUGUCCCCCAAGCCCCAGGUCAUCAUCGCAGGCGAGUCCCGCCCCGUCUGCCCUUCUCUUGCUCACACCAGCGCAGCCAACCCCAAGACUGGUCUCGUCUGGUCCAAAGAAGAACAAGCCUCCAAGCUUGGUCGAGUCGCGGACGUGCUUGAGCUCACGUCGCCCGACCGUGCCUCGUUCUUCAAAGACCUUGCCCCCGGUGGCCGGUACGGCAGUAUCGUUGGUAUCUACCGCCAUAACGAUUCCGUUUCAGCUAUAGGGCUCUUUGACAAGGAGCUCAUCAACAAGCUCCCCUCCACUCUCAAAUACAUCUGUCAUAACGGUGCCGGGUACGAUCAAAUCGACGUCGAAGCCUGUACCGCUAGGGGCAUUCAAGUGUCACACACACCUCAGGCUGUUGACGAGGCCACAGCGACCGUCGGAGCUUUCCUUGCCAUCUCUGCCAUACGUCAAUUCUGGCGUGCUGAAGUCAAUGUCCGAUCCGGCCAGUGGAAGGCUGGUCUGGCCCCUGCUCGUGACCCCGAAGGAAAGACUUUGGGCAUCGUGGGCAUGGGAGGCAUCGGAUCUGCUCUUGCCAGAAGACUACUGGCUUUCGACAUGAAGGUCAUCUACUACAACCGAAGGCCAAUCCAGCCUGCUCCCGACUUUCCCUGUACCUAUGUCAGCACUCUGGACGAGCUUCUGAAGCAAUCGGACGUGGUCUCUCUCAAUCUUCCUCUGAACGAGAAGACGAAGAGCAGUUUUGGAAGGCGCGAAUUUGGAUUGAUGAAGGACGGGAGUGUCUUGGUGAAUACUGCUCGAGGAGCUGUUGUUGACGAAGAGGCUUUGAUCGAAGCUCUGGAAAGCGGCAAGCUCGCCAGUGCCGGUAUCGAUGUCUUCCCCGAUGAGCCCAAUGUCAACCCCAAGCUUGUGGCUAUGGACAAUAUCACCCUGCUACCUCACAUGGGGACUGAAACGCGCGAUACGCAAAAGAAGAUGGAAAUCCUCGUACUGGAUAAUCUCGUAUCCGCCCUUGAAGGGAAGGGACUGCUGAACCAGGUGGCUGAACAAAAGUCGUAG